AUGAGGUCUUCUUCUUCUACUGUUGCUGAUUCGGGUAUGAUCAAUAUCGCUGCGAGUGCUCAGAAGCUUGAUGUUGAUAAUCGAAUUGCUCUUCGGUUUUAUUAUCGGGUUGCUGAUAACAUACUUUGGCAGGCCGACAUUUUUCGCGCAGAGAAGAACAUCAUUGACCUAUAUGUCCUGCUUUUGAGAUUUUCUAGUUUGGCAUCUGAGACAAUACCGCGUCACCGAGAGUAUAGAUCAUCUCCACAAACCAAGAAAUAG